AUGACUCUGCCGAUGCUUUCUUCAUGGAUAGAAACCCUAUCCAUCCACCACUUCCUGCAAGGAAUGACUAUGAGAUCAAGCCUCAGAUCAUUGCAUUGGUUAGACAGAACCAAUUCAAUGGACCUUCCAGCUGAGCACCCUCUUGAUCACAUAGAAAACUUUGAAGAAAUUUGCAGCACUACAAGAUCCAAUGGAGUCUCUGCUGACUACCUUAAGUGCAAGCUCUUUUCAUUCUCUCUUGGCGACAAAGCUUCAAGAUGGUUGAAGUCUCUGCCAGCUCACUCCAUCACCACUUGGGAUGAGUACAAGGCUGCAUUCAUCAACCACUUCUACACCAAGCAAAUCAAUUUCUGUGAGAACAAGAUCUCCACUUUCGCCAAGCAACAAUGA